ACUCAAUAAACCACAUUUGGAAAAUCUAAAUUUAAUAAUUAUCCAUACUAUAUUAUAUUAAUAAUUAUCCAGAUUAUAUUAUGCUAUUAUUGGAUAAAUUAUUAAAUUUACACUAAUACAUUUUGCAAAAAAGAAGGAAAAAAAUCAGAAGAGGAGAGAGAGACGUUUGAUCCCAUUUACAGCGAAAUUUAUAAAACGCCAAUCGCUCCCGGAUCACCGGCGUCCGCCGGCACCGUCUUCUCACAAAUACCCACAAGCCGACGUUGAAUGUUCUCUGACCCAAUUCAUCAUUUUCGAAGCUUCGGUGGCUCAUUCGGCGUUUGCUCGAUUGUUAUGACUGAUCUAUUCCGGUAGCCUAGCGAGCUCCGGCGGUGAACCACCGAGUGUUCCGGUGUGCGAGGUGGGGCCCUCACGCGAUCUGAAUUAUAAUAAUGUCGUCGUCGUCGUCGUCCCAAACCCUAGGCGGCGCGUCCCGCUGCGGCUGGGUGCUCGGCCCCUCACUUGACAAGAUCAUCAAGAACGCCGCCUGGCGUAAGCACUCCGGCCUCGUGUCCGCCUGCAAAUCGGCGCUCGACAAGCUCGACUCCCUCGCCGAUGACUCCUCCGAUCCCUCAUCCUGCGCCCCACUCUACGGCCUCACCCCCUCCGACGCCGAGUUCCUGCUCCAGCCCCUCGUCAUGGCUCUCGACUCCGGCUCCGUUAAGGUCAUCGAGCCCGCCCUCGACUGUGCCUUCCGGCUUUUCUCAUUCGGCAUCGUCCGCGGCUGCGAGAUCAAGGACAGCGCUUCCUCCAUCAUCUUCCGCCUCAUUGACUCAGUCUGCAAGUGCGCUGCCGUCGGGGACGAGGCCGUGGAGCUGGCCGUUCUCAAGGUCCUGCUGUCCGCCGUCCGGUCACCAUGCAUCUACAUACGGGGAGACUGCCUCGUCUAUGUGGUGAGGUCCUGUUACAAUAUCUACCUAGGCGGGCGCAGUGGGACCAAUCAGAUCUGUGCCAAAUCUGUUCUUGCGCAGAUGAUGAUUAUUAUUUUCACCAGGGUUGAGGAGAAUUCCAUGCUUGUUGACUUUAAAAAUGUUUCUGUGUUCGAAUUGAUGGAGUUUGCUGAUCGGAAUCUUAACGAAGGAAGCUCCAUACAGUUUGCUCAGAACUUCGUCAGUGAGAUUGUGGAGGCUAAGGAUAGCCUUCCAUAUGUGAAGUUGCCCUUGCAUCUGCAGAAUGGUUCUGAUUCGAGCCCUAAAGCCAAAAAAACUGACAAAGAGAAUGGGAAGCCUGUGGAUGAAGGUGCUGAUUUGAGUGAAUACAGUAAGAUCAGGGAGGAUGGGUUUAUGCUCUUCAAGAAUUUAUGUAAAUUGUCCAUGAAGUUUUCCUCACAGGAGAAUCCUGACGAUCAGAUUCUUUUGAGAGGGAAAACUCUGUCCUUGGAGCUUUUGAAUGUCAUUAUGGGCAAUGCUGGUCCGAUCUGGCACUCCAAUGAGAGGUUUCUUAAUGCGGUCAAGCAAUAUCUAUGCCUGUCGCUGUUGAAGAACAGUGCUCUAUCUGUUAUGACUGUUUUUCAGCUUCUUUGUUCGAUAUUUUGGCACUUGCUAUCAAAGUUUAGGUCCGGGUUGAAAUCCGAAAUUGGGAUUUUUUUUCCAAUGCUGAUUCUUCGUGUACUGGAGAAUGUUCUUCAGCCAAGUUUCUUACAGAAGAUGACUGUAUUGAAUUUACUGGAGAAGAUUGCUCAGGACUCACAGAUUACUAUUGAUACUUUUGUCAACUAUGACUGUGAUGUGGAGGCUCCAAACAUAUUUGAAAGGACUGUGAAUGGCCUUCUGAAAACUGCUUUAGGCCCACCGCCUGGUUCUGUGACCUCAUUAUCUCCUGCCCAAGAUACGACAUUUCGUCAUGAAUCAGUAAAAUGUCUGGUUAGAAUUAUUAAGUCAAUGGGUUCAUGGAUGGACCAGCAGCUCAAAGUUGCAGAACCUAAUCCUCCAAAAGUUUCUGAGAGUGAAAACUUGACUGAGAAUCACGCUUUCGUUGUUGAUGAUGCAAAUAGUUCUGAUCAUGAACUGAACCCAGAAGCAAAUUCUGAACAUUCUGAUUCUCCAACCUUGGAACAGCGUAGAGCGUAUAAAUUAGAAAUUCAGAAAGGUGUUGCACUGUUCAAUAGGAAACCGUCCAAGGGAAUCGAGUUCUUAAUAAGUGCCAAAAAAGUGGGAAGUUCCUCAGAAGAAGUGGCUUCUUUUCUCAAAAGUGCUUCGGGGCUGAAUGAAAGUAUGAUUGGCGAUUAUUUCGGUGAAAGAGAGGAAUUUCCUAUGAAAGUCAUGCAUGCGUAUGUAGAUUCCUUCAACUUUGAGAAUAUGGGCUUUGCUGAAGCAAUUAGAUUCUUUCUGAGAGGUUUCAGGUUACCAGGAGAAGCGCAAAAGAUUGACCGCAUCAUGGAAAAAUUUGCUGAACGGUAUUGUAAAUGUAAUCCGAGUGCAUUCACCAGUGCCGACACGGCUUAUGUGCUUGCUUACUCAGUCAUCAUGCUCAACACUGAUGCACAUAAUAGUAUGGUAAAGGAUAAGAUGACCAAGGCUGAUUUCAUCCGGAAUAAUCGAGGGAUUGAUGAUGGCAAUGAUCUACCUGAAGAUUAUUUGGGCGCACUGUAUGAUCAAGUUGUAAAAAAUGAGAUUAAAAUGAAUGCUGAGCCUCUUACUCCCCAAAGCAAACAUGGAAAUAGCUUGAAUAAACUGCUGGGCUUGGAUGGCAUACUCAACCUGGUCUGGAAGCCUACAGAAGAAAAACCUUUGGGUGCAAAUGGAUAUCUGUUAAGGCAUAUCCAAGAGCAGUUUAAGGCAAAAUCUGCAAAAUCAGAUGUAACUCUGGACCAAAGUGAUGACAAGGAAGCUACUUCUCAAUGUCUGCAGGGAUUUCGGCAUGCUGUGCAUGUCACUGCUAUGAUGGGUAUGCAGACUCAGAGGGAUGCCUUUGUUACCACUGUGGCUAAGUUUACUAACCUCCACUGUGCGGCAGAUAUGAAGCAAAAAAAUGUAGAUGCUGUCAAGGCUAUGAUAUCAAUUGCAAUUGAAGAUGGUAAUUACCUUCAAGAAGCAUGGGAACACAUUUUGACGUGCUUAUCACGAUUUGAGCAUCUGCAGCUCUUGGGGGAGGGAGCACCUUCUGAUGCGUCUUUUCUUAAUACUUCGAAUUCUGAAUCCGAAGAGAAGACAUUAAAGCUCGAGAGUUACCCGUCUCUGAAGAAAAAAGGAACACUCCAAAAUCCAGCUGUUAUGGCAGUUGUUCGAGGGGGCUCCUAUGAUAGCACCUCUGUUGGAGUCAACUCCCCUGGUCUUGUUACUCCCGAGCAGAUCAAUAAUUUCAUUUCGAAUUUGUAUUUGCUCGAUCAAAUAGGGAACUUCGAGUUAAACCACAUUUUUGCCCAUAGCCAGCGGUUGAACAGUGAGGCAAUCGUGGCUUUUGUAAAAUCGCUCUGCAAAGUUUCCAUGGCAGAACUGCAGUCCCCGACUGAUCCACGAGUGUUUAGCCUGACGAAAAUCGUGGAAGUUGCGCACUAUAACAUGAAUCGGAUAAGACUAGUGUGGUCUCGUAUAUGGAAUGUUCUUUCUGAAUUCUUUGUGUCGGUUGGUUUGUCGGAGAAUCUUUCGGUUGCAAUCUUUGUUAUGGAUUCAUUGCGACAGCUUGCAAUGAAAUUCCUCGAGCGAGAAGAACUGGUUAACUAUAAUUUCCAGAAUGAAUUUUUGAGGCCUUUCACCAUUGUGAUGCAGAAAAGCAAUUCUGCAGAGAUUCGAGAGUUGAUAGUUCGAUGUAUCUCACAAAUGGUCCUCAGCAGGGUCAAUAACAUAAAAUCUGGAUGGAAGAGUGUCUUCAUGGUUUUCACUGCAGCUGCAGCUGAUGAACGGAAGAGCAUAGUUUUGUUGGCUUUUGAAACAAUCGAAAAGAUAGUGCGUGAAUAUUUUCCCUACAUAACUGAGACAGAGGCAUUGACUUUCACAGACUGUGUUAAGUGCCUCAUUACCUUCACAAACAGUAGAUUCAAUAGUGAUGUUAGCCUCAAUGCUAUUGCUUUUCUCCGUUACUGUGCGGUCAAACUAGCAGAUGGUGGACUUUCUUGCAAUGAGAAAAGUGAGGGGAAUGAUUCGAGCCCUUCAUUACCCAAUAACAAUCCUUUGGAUGACGAAACGGGCACGGAUAGGGAUGGGCAUAUGCAUUUCUGGAUUCCUUUGCUUACAGGAUUAUCAAAAUUGACUUCAGAUCCUCGAGCAGCCAUCAGAAAGAGUUCUCUUGAAGUUCUCUUCAAUAUCUUGAAGGACCAUGGUCAACUUUUCUCGCAGCCAUUCUGGGCCACUGUAUUCAAAAAUUCCAUCUUUCCUAUAUUUACCUUCAUCUUUGAUGGUAAAGAGAUAGAUACAGGCAAAGAUGGUAGCAUUUGGGACUCUGAAACUUGUGUAGUGGCAAUAGAAUGCCUAUCAGAUCUAUUUGUCCAUCUUUUCGAUUUGGUGAGGCCCCAAUUUCAUGAAGUGAUAUCUAUAAUAAUAAAGUACAUACGAAGCACUAGUCAAAGUUCAUCAACGGCUGGUGUGUCCGCUUUGAUGCAUUUGAGUGGUGAGUUGAGAGGCAAACUUUCGGAAGAGGAAUGGCGAGAUAUAUUUCUUUCUUUGGAAGAGACUGCUGGGCCGAAUUUGUCUGCUUUUAUGAAGCUUUUGAAAACCUUGGACAACAUUGAGGUGCCCGAUGAUGAUAAUAAUCCACUCAAUUAUGAAACCGAAUCUUCUUAUGAUCAUGGGAGUGCAAUUGGUGAUGGUUCGGAGGAUGAGAAGCUGCAGAGUGUGGCGUUUAUUGUAUCGAGGAUGAAAACUCAUAUAACUCUACAGCUGCUCAUAAUACAGGUUGUAACCGAUCUUUACAAGAACCACUGGCAAUACUUUUCCUCGAGCAAUAUCUCUAUACUUCUCGAAAUUUAUUCAUCCAUUUCUUCUCAUGCCCAUGAAUUGAACUCCCAAACGAUAUCACUUCUCAAGCUAGAAAAAGCAUGUGCUAUCCUAGAGAUCUCGGAUCCACCAAUCGUUCACUUUGAAAACGAGUCUUACACAAACUACUUAAAUUUCUUACACGAUUUACUCACAAACAAUCCAUCUCUAUCCGAGGAAAAGAACAUUGAAUUAGAACUUAUCUCUAUUUGCAAGCAAGUCCUCGAGACAUACCUUGAAUGCAGUGGUUUUGGACAAGCCUCACAGAAAAAAGCCGUGAAUAAACCAUUAGUACACUUUCUUCUUCCUUUAGGUUCGGCUAAGAAAGAGGAGCUUUCGGCCCGUACGCCUUUAGUUCUAUCAGUCAUGAGGAUUUUGGGCAGUUUAGAAAGUGAUGCUUUCGGUAAGUACAUUUCGCAGUUAUUUCCUUUGUUAACGGAUCUUGUUCGAAGCGAACAUAGUUCGAUGGAAGUUCAACGGGUUCUUAGCGGCAUAUUUCGAUCGUGUAUAGGUCCAAUAGUAAUGAAGUGAUUUUUACUUUUUUUAACAUAUGAUUUUUUUCCUUCUUGUUAGUUGUUGUUAGUCCAUAUAAGCCUGUGGGGGGCUAAUUUUGUAUGUGGAUGCAAAAGGCAUUGUUAUUAAUUAUAUGACUUUUUUUGACUCAUGAGAUUUCAGAAAAAUAUAUUCAGAACCUUAUUUCUUUUUUCCCAAG